AUCGUCGUUAGAGCCUGUUGUCUUCAGCCACGUGAAAAUUAAUCUGUCUUCGAUUAUUUUAUUGGUUUGUCACCAGAAGACAGGAAUUCUUAACACGCUAACCGUUAGCAGUGAGAAGAAGUCCGGACAGCGUCAUUGAGGCCUUGACUACUACAGAAGCCACACUUACAUUUGACCUCAAGGACUACAGCAAGUCAAACAUUACAGAAAAUGCACCCGUUCAGUGAAGCUCCUCCUACAACAAUCCACCAAUAAAUGCUGGAGUCAAACACACAGAGAAAUCACUCCAUGUGUGACAACUGAAAUCUUCAUGACAUAAUGUUGAUGCUGGUGAAAGAGGAGCUUGAGAAGAUGACAGAUCCACAACCAUGCAGAAUAAAGGAUGAAGAUACUGAGGAACAAAUAGAUAUGAUGGGAAUAAACACGGAUCAUCUACUUGAACUGAAUGAAGUGGAUGAGAAACAUCAGAUUGUAAAAAUAAACCAUAAUGUUUCACAGAAAGAAACUCUGAAGACAGAAGACAUAAAGUGUGAAAAUAGUUUCAGAGAAGAUGAACGCCCUGCAGAUCACAAGAGGACUCAGAGUGAGGAGAAACCUUUCACAUGUCAACAGUGUGGAAAGAGUUUCAAAAGAAAUGCUCACCUUGAAGCACACAUGAGGUUUCACACCGAAAAGAAAAGACACCCAUGCCAUCAGUGUGGAAAGAGUUUUAAAACUGCAGGUAACCUUAAGGUACACAUGAGGUCUCACACUGGAGAGAAACCUUACACUUGUCAACAAUGUGGAAAGAGUUUCUCUAUUGAAAGUAACCUUAAGAUACACACAAGGAUUCACACUGGAGAGAAACCUUUCACAUGCCAUGAGUGUGAAAAGAGUUUCAGAAUUAAAUCUAGCCUUAUAGCACACAUGAAAAUUCACAAAGGAGUGAAACCUCACGUGUGUUUUCAGUGUGGAAAGAGUUUCGGAGAUAAACGUGGACUUGAGACUCACAUGAGAAUUCACACUGGGGAGAAACCUUUCAUAUGUUUUCAGUGUGGAAAGAGUUUCGGAGAUAAACGUGGACUUGAGACUCACAUGAGAAUUCACACUGGGGAGAAACCUUUCAUAUGUUUUCAGUGUGGAAAGAGUUUCGGAGAUAAACGUGGACUUGAGACUCACAUGAGAAUUCACACUGGGGAGAAACCUUUCAUAUGUUUUCAGUGUGGAAAGAGUUUCGGAGAUAAACGUGGACUUGAGACUCACAUGAGAAUUCACACUGGGGAGAAACCUUUCAUAUGUUUUCAGUGUGGAAAGAGUUUCUCUGUUGAAAGGAACCUUAAGAUGCAUGCAAGAAUUCACACUGGAGAGAAACCAUUUGUGUGCCAUGAGUGUGGAAAGAGUUUCACCUUUCAAUCGAGCCUUAUCCGGCACAAGACAAUUCACACACGAGAGAAACCAUUUGUGUGCCAUGAGUGUGGAAAGAGUUUCACCUUUCAACCGAGCCUUAUCCGGCACAUGACAAUUCACACAGGAGAGAAACCGUUCAUUUGUCAUCAGUGUGGAAAGAGUUUUACAAUUAAAGCUCACCUUGAUGCACACAUGAGAAUUCACACUGGAGAGAAACCAUACGUGUGUCAACAGUGUGGAACGAGUUUCAGGACAAAACCAAACCUUAAUGUACAUUUGAUCACUCACACUAAAGACAAACCGUUCACAUGCCAUGAGUGUAAACAGAGUUUCAAAACAAAAUCAAACCUUAACAAACACAUGCGAAUCCACACUCAAUAGAAACCAUUCAUGUGUCAACAGUGUGGAUAUGGCAACAAAGUUUAGAAUCAGCUGAGGUCUUAUUAAUAAAACUGUCUGAAGGAUCUUUACUAAAAGUCUACAUGCACACAAAAUGGCGUACGGCAAAAAAGAUUCAGGCCAUUUCUCUAUAGUUCUUCUUGUCUGUUCUUGUGAAACGUAAUCAGUCGUGACCCAAGUACUGUUCCAAUUCCAAGUUCACAUCAAGCCAAGUUCACAUAACAUCUCAGGAUGUGUUCUUGAUCCGCUCAUUUUAUCAAGGAUGCAUUAGGAGGUGAUUUGUGUGGACUUAUGAUAGACAAGUUUCCCAGAAUGCCUUUCACGUCAACGACAUUAAAGCUUAAUACCUGCAAAAUAUUCAAAAUGUUACUCUCUCUGCUCUGCCCUUCAUUUGUCUGAUGGUCAAACAUGAAAUAUUCCCUUUGGAUAUAUAUAACUGGCUUUUUUGUCCCCUCGGUUCUAUUCCUCUUUUUAUUCAUAUGAAGUCUGUUAUUUGUUAUUAUUGUAUUUACUGAUGUUAAAGUUAAGUGUCAUAACUUGAAUCACAUAUAUUUUCUAUAAAAUCUUAACACUGAAUCACUGCCUUUGUACUUCAAAUACAGAAGAACAGUGCAAUAAAUUCAUGGAUUUUUUUCACAUCAAAAUUGCAAAUAUUCGCUCUGCCCUUUCUGGACCUCCCACCUUAACUGUUCCUCUAACGUUCAUUGUCUCCCAACCACUAAAUUGCUUUCCCAAGGUCUCAUCAGAAGAGGUGAAGAACAUCAUUAUGAAGAUUAAAUCCUCCACCUGUCCCCUGGACCCACUCCCAACCUCCCUGGUGAAAACCCAUAUCACUGUCCUAACCCCUCUGAUCACCGCUGUUAUAUAUAAUUCCCUUCAAACUGGACACAUUCCCCCUGCCUUAAAAAUGCCAUAAUUAGACCAUUGCUCAAAAAACCCACUCUUGAUCCAGAUAUUCUAUGUAACUACAGGCCCAUCUCAAAUCUACCCUUUCUUAUCGAAAGUACUUGAGAAAGUAGUUGCCACCCACCUUCAGGAUCACCUCAAACAUAAUAACCUCUUUGAAAAAUUCCAGUCCGGUUUUCGCUCCACCCACAGCACAGAGACUGCCCUUGUCAGGGUCACAAACGACCUCCUCAUGUCAUCUGAUGGCGGCUCUCCCUCCCUCCUCAUCCUCCUGGACCUUUCUGCUGCAUUCGAUACUGUCGACCAUGAUAUCCUUUUGAACCGGCUCCGCUGCACCACUGGACUCAAUGACACUGCUCUCAGUUGGUUCAAAUCAUACCUCACAAACCGGACAGAAUGCAUCUCUCUGGGUCACUCCAAAUCAAAACCACAUACAGUCACCUGCGGGGUCCCCCAGGGGUCAGUUCUUGGCCCCAUCCUUUUCAUCCUCUACCUCACCCCCCAUGACCAUAUCAUUAGCCGUCACAAAAUUUCACUGCUGUGCUGAUAUAAAUGCCACAGCUGCAACCCCAUCCUCACAGUCAUCCCCAUCAAAACUCACCAUCUGUCUGGAGGAGAUAAAGGUAUGGAUGGAGCAUAAUUUCUAACAACAAAACAGCUCCAAAACCGAAGCCACCCUGAUCGGCACUCCUCACCAGACCAAAUCCUCAUCCAUAACCAGCAUCACCUUUCCUGGCUCCAACAUCCCCCUAUCAUCAACAGUCACAAAUCUUGGUGUAGAAAUGGACUCCCACCUCUCAUUUAAAGCCCAUAUAUAUCACCUCUGCAAGACGACCUUCUACCACCUCCGCAACAUUUCCAAACUCCACCCCAUUCUCUCCCUCUCAGAUGCCAAAAAGCUGGUUUGUGCUUUUAUCUCCAGCAGAUUGGACUACUGUAACGCACUUCUCAUUGGGAACCUCUCCAAGAAUCUGCAGAGGCCUCAGUACAUCCAAACUCUGCAGCUAGGAUCCUGAUGAGAGUGCGGAAACAUGAGCAUAUUCCUCCCAUUCUCCAGUCACUCCACUGGCUUCUCGUCUCCUUCAGGAUUGAGUACAAGGUUUCCCUCCUCACACACCAAUGCGUUCCCUCCCCUUCACUCACUCUAACCUCCUUCACAUACCCAGAACUAGACUCUGGACUAUGGGAGAGAGGGCUUUCUGUGCUGCUGCCCCACAUCUAUGGAAUGCCCUCCCUGACAAUCCACUGACGGUUUUAAAAAAGGUCUUAAAGGUCACAUUUUUUUUAGCUUUCUGGAGUUUUAUUUUAGGUUAUGAUGUCCUUAAGAAUAUAUAUUUGCUGUUUAAGUACCAAGAACAAUCUCUAUAUAUUUUUUACAGCUCCUCUUUCAGGAGCUCUGCUAAAAACAGAUCAUUUUGGCCUGUAAUAAGUAAAAUUCAUGAGCCUUUCUUCUGAUAGGCCUGUUUUUAUGAGUGAAAUAAGCAGUUGAAAUAAAGUUACCCAUGAAAAAAAACUAAGUGUUAGUUUCUGGACACUAAAUGUUAGGUUAGUAAACCAACAGUUACAGAGACUAAGAGAUUUUAACCUUACCAUGUUUAACUCAAUAAACGAACAGACACCAACAGGGCUUGUGUCUGUAACUUAAGAAUACAAACAACGUCUGAUUUCCAACAGAUAUUCUAUCAAAACCGGUGUCUACCAAAGACUUUAAUGUUACAAAACAACACGUAAGCAUGGCAUAACUGUUUACAAUAUAUAAUUUCAGUUUUCUCUGGCUCCAUAAUGUAACUUAAAAGUUAGGACUGCUAAUAAAUCGAAUGCGAUUGUCUUGUGCUCCUCGUCAGUAAAGUCGCUUCAUUGAUUAGUAGUAAAUAGGGGUGCGCCGAAAAUUUCGGCCGAAAAUGGCAUUAUCUAGCCUGACGUUGUCAUACUCAAUUCUAGUCAGAAUUUGAGUAUGAUACCGCUCCAUUGAACUAUAAUUAUGAGGCGUGUCUCAACCGAAAAAUGCCUCUGCACUCAAUUGGAUAGACCUACGACCAAUCAGAGCAACGGGGUGUGAGACGUAUGUUGAAAUGACGUAUUUGCAGCUUGACCGAACUGCUAGUUAUUUUCGCUACAAUGACACACACACAAGAAGUCUGAGUUAGCGAACGUACAUCAACACCUACUAUGUUUACAACAUUUCAUUUAUAUCACAUUAAGUCAUACAGUAAGACUAUCUCUUACCAUUUGUACAUUAGUUGAACUUCAUCCACGGCGAUACCCAUUACGUUUGCUUGAAAAAUAUCGGAGCCUAGCAUGUCCCUCCACAAUACCGGGCUUCCGAAAAGAAGCUGGCAACGACCGCUAACUAUAUCCAUCUCGUCGUGCACACCAAGUUGCAUCGCCGUGAUACCCAUUUCAGUUGCUUCUUUAACUUGAUCCUUCAUAAGCGCGACAACUUUUGUCGAAUCCCGUAGGACGGCAAAAACAUCAACAAAUGCCUUGCUCGCGUUUCUCUGUUCCUCUUUUAAAAUCAAUGUUCUGUCGAUAUCUUUUAGAACAGACUCAAUGUCAGAGUCCACACAUCUGAUUUCUACCGCAGCAGCCAUUUCGUUGUAAACAACAGAUUCAACACACGCGCUCUUUGGUGACGUGGUUGAUUUAUGUUACUGAUCAUCUGUCCAUCAUCGUAUAAAGCCCACCCUGACAAUUUGAUUGGUCGACCAGCUUUGGGUCGAGCAUAGUAGCUCCUCAACGGUGAAACCCCAGACUGAUCUUCCCGUUCCUCAAAAUGUUGUGGGCGGGGCUAAGAUCGGCUGGCACCCAGGCUAGGCAUUAUCCGUUUCGGGCCAAAAUAAAAAAAUCCAGCCGAAAAUGUAAACCAAAAAUGAAUGUUAACCACGCCCCUCCCAUCUGUGCGCUAGCGUUUGGGUUUCAAUCACGGUGAUCAGUCGUCUCCCACCCCUCCUCCUCGUGCUCAAGCAGGUUUCACUCACAGUUGAGCUGUUUGUACAUGUCUGCAAAGAUUAAGCUUGUCUUGAUGUGUAAACUAGAGAGAGUCGCGCUAAUGUGUCUCAUACUGUAAUCCAUUAACAUACAUUUGGCGAAUAAAGCAACGAAACACAACGUAACGUUUUUAUGUAACGGUUUCGGACAAGAAUUUUCAUUUCGGUGCAUCCCUAGUAGUAAAUUACCAUCAGCUGCUUUCGGUAGCGGCAACCGGUUCUGAGAGCAGGUGAUGCCGCUUUACUACUAACAACGAGAUGCGUGUGGCAAUCGCGUGCAAGUUAUCGUGCAGCCCUGCUUAAUAUGUGUUUACUUGCGGGUUGUGGAUUUAAGGUCAGAUUCAACAAAGUACGGACUGCAACAUCUUUCCUGGAGAAACCAGCAUUGAACUGCCACACUGAAGCAGUCACUUGUGAAAUGUUUAGAGCAGACGGCUAAAGUCGAACUAGUUGAGGAAUUUCUAAUUAAAUGAAUAUUAGCCGUUCUCGUAUAUUAAUGUUUUUCAGAAGCCUUUGCAAUGAUUUAGUUUCCUGGCAUCCAACAAUUAAACAGCAUUUUCUCACGUGGUGUGAUAUUCCUUAAGAGUUUGUUUAGCAACAAGGGGGUGGGGCGGUGACGGUGUACAGUGCUCGGGGUGGAGACUGAAGGCGACGACUGUCUCUCGGUGACGUAGCAACUUCACGGAAGUACAAACGAACCGUUUUAACUCACAGCUACUUUAAGCAGGCUGUGUGAAUUUGACUCAUAAAUGACUGUUUUGAAACUUAUAUGGUACUUACAUAGCCCCUAGACCUCAGUUAUCAUGAAAAAAAGCCACAAAAUUUAGUUUUGGCCAUAUGUGACCUUUAAGACAUUUCUUUUUAGCAAAGCUUUUAGUUUCUUUAGAUGUGUUUUCUAAACGUCACUUUUUUCCUUUUUUUUAAACUGUUCAUCUCAUUUUUAUUGUUUUUAACCUGUAGCAUUUUGAGAUGUGAUGAAAAGUGCAUUAUAAAUAAAAUGUAUUAUUUUUUCUUGCCA